ACCAUGAAUGAGUUCGAAUACCUUAAACUACUGGGAAAAGGCACUUUUGGCAAGGUCAUUUUAGUUAAAGAAAAAGCAACUGGACGGUAUUAUGCUAUGAAAAUUCUGAAGAAGGAGGUUAUUGUAGCAAAGGACGAAGUAGCACACACGCUGACAGAAAACCGUGUUUUACAGAACUCGCGGCAUCCCUUCUUAACAGCUUUAAAGUAUUCCUUUCAGACACAUGAUCGCUUGUGUUUUGUUAUGGAGUAUGCUAAUGGAGGCGAGCUGUUUUUCCAUCUGUCAAGAGAGCGUGUCUUUUCUGAAGACCGGGCUCGGUUUUAUGGAGCUGAGAUUGUUUCAGCACUGGAUUACUUGCAUUCAGAGAAGAAUGUCGUUUAUAGAGAUUUGAAGUUGGAAAAUCUUAUGCUGGAUAAAGAUGGACACAUAAAAAUAACCGACUUCGGACUAUGUAAAGAAGGCAUCAAGGAUGGAGCAACAAUGAAGACUUUCUGUGGCACUCCAGAGUAUCUUGCACCAGAGGUGCUGGAAGACAAUGACUAUGGUCGUGCAGUGGAUUGGUGGGGUUUAGGAGUUGUGAUGUAUGAAAUGAUGUGUGGCCGCCUCCCUUUCUACAAUCAGGACCAUGAAAAGCUCUUUGAACUCAUCCUCAUGGAAGAGAUUAGAUUUCCACGCACUUUGUCGCCUGAAGCAAAGUCUCUCUUGUCGGGUUUGCUGAAGAAAGAUCCUAAGCAAAGGUUAGGUGGCGGUCCUGAUGAUGCCAAGGAGAUUAUGCAGCACAAAUUCUUUGCCGGCAUUGUUUGGCAAGACGUAUACGAGAAAAAGCUUGUACCUCUGUUUAAGCCACAAGUUACAUCUGAAACAGAUACGAGAUACUUUGAUGAAGAAUUCACAGCACAGAUGAUAACAAUCACUCCUCCAGACCAAGAUGACAGCAUGGAUUGUGUAGAUAACGAGAGAAGACCUCAUUUUCCUCAGUUCUCCUAUUCAGCCAGUGGAACCGCUUAAUAUUUUGCAAUGUUUUCCCAUUCAAAAACAAAAGAGACUGCAUUUUGGGGACCUUACUUCAAUGGACACUAGAGAACUUUCUAUAUUAUCUGAAUUACAAACUGUGUUUGUAUUACGAUUUAGAUGAAUUUGUAGGAAGCCUCACAGAUUCUGUAUUUAAAACAAUUCUUUGAUGCAUUUUUGAGAAGGAAAACAAAUCCAUUCUUAAAGUAUUACGUCAAGGCUUUUAUGCUGAAUGACCAUAGGUUUUUAAGAAUAUACACCAAAACUGUUUACUUUAGAAAUAAUUAAGGUGUUCAACAUAUCAGCAACUCUGACCAGAAAAUCCCCUUAUUUUAUUUAUUUCAUACAGUUCAUUAUCUAAAUAUAGAAUCUGCACUCUGAACAAUUAGAUUUAUAUAGGAAGAUAUAAGACUUUAGUAGCUAGUGCAAUAAUAUAAGCAGCAAAGUGAACAAACUCUGGAGGGUUAAGGUUCAAACUCAUUUUGGACAGCAGCGAAGUGUCAUCCAACUCCAGAAAACCAACUAUAGGAACAGCAUUAAUGGCCUCAGUGAGGUAAAUCAACAAGCAAAAGUUAUUUUUGUUAUAACAUCUGCUACAAGACAUUACAUAUCA